UCUCCCUGUCGUCAUCAGCCGGAGCCAUUGAAAGAAAAAGGGGGAAAAAACGAAGAAAACUAAACAACUACAAGCGUUUCUCACUCUCGACGCUCCUUGGAAAUCUGAGAUCCGCCAUUUUUCUCCGCCGAAGAACAAUGCCCAUCAAAUGGGUUUUGCAUUGGCAACCCAAUCAAGGGUCGACCGUGAGCACCCAGAUCCUCAACGAAGUUAUGCAGUGCCUCGAGAGCAUCAAUGGCGUUAGAGAAGGAAGGUGGAAAGCCACUCUCAACUACUACAAACCCAUCGUACGAGACCAAUCGAUGCCGAACGAUUUCCCGCGUGACUUUCUGGGGAUUUCACUCGCAGAGCAGCCGAGUAAAUACUAUUUCAUAAUCAAAAUGUAUAGGAUCGUCCUCGAGGCCGAUGUUUCGAUUCAGAUGAUAAUGGAGAAGUUACAGUCUUACAGAUCAAGGGUUGCUCUUUACUUCGAGGGUUCUCAGUAUCAGUUGGGUGAUUUUAGAUUGAGAGUGGGGAAAGUUGUGCUGACCCAUUCCGAGAACUUGAGAGGAAUAGUUAUGGAGGUGGAGUAUCUUCCGAUUUCGUCAAUGGAAAAGGCAAGGAAGGUCAUGGGCGAGUUCUUGGAGAUAUGCCGAGAAGCCUUGUCUAAGAGAUCGUUGCCGGGCCAGUUCAUGUACGUGGAACCAAACUUUGGGGAGUUUGGUCUUUCGGACAACUACUCACCACAACAUACGGCCGUUCAAUACGCCUUUGUCAUGGCUCACAUGAUCGCCACAGUUCAAGCCGUACAAUCUGUGAGAAACUAAACUAAGAUCACAAAGGUUUAAGAGCUUUUCGGUUUUUCUUUCCGUCGGUUUAGGGAGAAAAAAAAGCGAUGUAUUUAUCGGGUUUUGGCUCGAUUUAGAUGAUUCUCGGUUUGUUGAAAGAACCAGAAAAACGUAGAUGUUUUCGAGCUUAGUUCGGGUUUAGUUCGGAUAUAGUUAAACCAAAUAACAUUUCAGCUUGAUACUUGUACUGAUUACAUCAA